GAUUGUUAAUAUUUAGCUCCUGGCCGUUCGGCCACGCAGGUCGCUCCCUGAGCGCAGGCAGCAUGGCGGCGCUGAGAGCCUCCAAACAGGCCCUGAGGAAGGAGCUGAAGCGGCGGCUCGCUGCAAUCAGCGCGGCGGAGAAGCAGCGGCAGUCCCUGCUGCUCUCAGGCAUGCUGUUCAAACACCCAAAGUAUAUCUCUUCUCAGCGUAUCGCAGUGUUUCUCAGUAUGGAUGAUGAGGUGCGGACUGAAGAAAUCCUCAAAGACAUGUUCAAAGAGGGUAAAAGUUGCUUCAUACCCAGAUAUCAGCAGAAUAACUCACAUAUGGACAUGCUGAAGCUCAGCAGUCUGCAGGACCUGGAAACUCUGCCUCUGACAUCCUGGAACAUCAGGCAGCCAGCAGAUGAUUGCACCAGCCGAGAGGAGGCAUUGUCUUCAGGAGGUCUGGAUCUGAUGUUGAUGCCUGGCCUGGGAUUUGACGUCUCUGGGGGACGUCUUGGACGUGGAAAGGGCUUCUACGACACCUAUCUGAGACGCUGCAGUGAACACCCUAAAGGAAGACCUUACACCAUCGCCCUGGCCUUCAAAGAGCAGCUCUGUCAAAACAUCCCUGUUGACUCUAAUGAUGUCUUCAUAGAUGAGGUCCUCUAUGAGCACCAGUAGCUACUCUACCCUUCAUGUUGAUCAUUCCGUCUAAGAUUCAGGCUCAAUCCACCCAUAGGUCUUACAAAUCAUUUUGACCAUUAAUUUGAUAUCUCAUGGAUGACCUUCCCGCUGUAAUCAAUCUGAUGUCAUUUUACAGUCUGACCUACUAAUUAAAGUUCAUGAAAGAUCAGGAAAUUAUUCAUUCAUGGCCCAUUCAGAUGUGGAAUAUGAACGCUGUCUCUCGGUCAAUUUGUUUUAAUAAAACAUAAAGCUUUCUGUUUGUCAGAAGGCAGUGACCUUUAGAAGCUGCUGGAACAGAAGCCUUUAAAGCUCCCAUAUUAUGCUACAUUUGAAAAUAAAAACAUUAAUCUGACCCCCA